AUGGCCCAAAACUCUGAAAAAAUAGUUCGAUAUCUGCGAUCUGAAGCAACUUCUUUAUCAGAUAAUAAUAUACAAGAUAUCAUUAAUGCUAAAAAUUUAAUGAAAUAUCCUAGAGAAGUGGUAUCACAACUAAUUAAUAUAGAAUUGAUAUCAUCAACAAAGACUAAUCAAAAAAACAAAGUUAGUAUAAAUAAUGUAAAUUACUUUGAAGUUUUACCUAAUGAAUUAAAGAAAUUGGGACGAUUAAAGAUUCAAAGCUCUUCUUCCUCAUAUACUGUAAAAAAAAGUACUUCUCCUAUAGAUAAUACAUCAAAAAGAGAGGACAAUCUUGAAAAAUUAAUGAAAAAUAUUAAAAGAUUAGCUCCUAUUCUUCUAUCUUUGUUUUA